UCAGGAGGAGGAGCUCAGUCGCGUUUAGAGAGCAGAGGAGAGAUCGUGGUUUCUUGAGUUUCUUGAGCAGUAGCUUUUUAUCAGAACCGAGUUUUUUGAGUUAUCUAGAACCUUUUAACAAACUUUACAUCCGGUUCCUUUAAAAGAAGUGCGUUCAAAAGCAGACCGGAGCAUGGACGGCAUACUCUCCCGACUGAGGUUCUUCUCCUCCAGGAGCGAGAGCAGAAACCUGGAGAGAUGGAGGCGAGAGGAGAGGUGGAGAGAGGAGGAGAAACUCCAGCAGAUCCACAGAGAGAUCAAAGAGGCGGAGAGGAGGAUGAAGAAGAUGCAGAGGAAGAUAGACGAGAAGAAGAAGGAGGAGAAUAGGAUGAACCUUCAGGUAAAGAAGAGAAGGAGAAAACAGGAGGCGGAGCCACUCAAAAAGAGGCGGGGCAUGCCGAUGGAGGAGGAGGAGCUUCACCUGAAGGAGCAGAGAGAGGGGGAGGAGCUUCUUCAGCUCAGGAAGCUAAUGGAGGAGCUUCACCUGAGGGAGCAGAGAGAGAAGGAGGAGCUUCUUCGGCUCAGAAAGCUGAUGGAGGAGGAGCUUCACCUGAAGGAGCAGAGAAAGAGGGAGGAGCUUCAACUGAAGAACCAGAGAAAGAGGGAGGAGCUUUGGCUGGGCUCUAAAAAGGGGGUUCAGGUCCAGCAGAAAUACGUAAGAGACCCUGAGGAGAAGCUGGCAGUGCCCGGUACCCCCUCCACCCGCCUGGCAGAACCCAACGAGCAGCAGAACCAGGCGUUCGACCGAGUGAAAGCCGCCUACCGCGCCUACAUGGAGGCUCUGACACCAGAACCGCUGGAGAACACCAGGAGAACCCUGGACUCCAUCGAGCUGAAGCUGAAGGAGAUCCAGAUCCAGAUCUCUGGGGGACUUGUCCCCGAUCUUGGACCUGUCCCUGUCCCUGGACCUGUCUCUGUCCCUGGACCCGUUGAGCUGACGGUGAGGAAAGAACAGAUCCAGAACACUAAGGAAAGAAAAGAGAAGAGAAAGGCUGUGAGCGCUCGGCCAGAGAAAGAGAAAGAGAGGGAUGAUCUGAGGAGAGAGAUAGAGGAUCUCUGGACCAGAGCGACACACGAGAAAGAAGAAACAAGGGAUAAAUUAGAAGAAGAGAAAGAGAAGGCGAAGCUCGAAGAGCUAGAGGACUCGUUCCACAAGAUGGAACGAGAGAUGGAGAGACUGAGAAAAGAAAUGAAAGAGAAAGAGACGUCUCUACAAGAAGAGCUGGAGAGAAAGAGAGAGCGCGAAAGAGAAGAGACGGAGAGAAAGAGAGAGCGCGAAAGAGAAGAGACGGAGAGAAAGAGAGAGCGCGAAAGAGAAGACAUGGAGAGAAAGAGAGAGCUCGAAAGAGAAGAGAUGGAGAGAAAGAUAGCGGAGAGAGAGAGACAGCUGCAGGAGGAGCUGCAGAAGCGCCGGAGAGAGAUAGAGAUGGAGAGAGAGAGACAGAAAGAGGUGGAGAGAGAGAGACAGGAAAGACAGAGGCAGGCGGAGGAGAGACUAAGAGAGAUGGAGAGAAUGAUGAAAGAGGAGGAGGAAAAGAUCCUAAAAAUAGAGGAGGAGCAAUGGAAGGAGCGGCGCUUGGAGAUGGAGAGAAGGAAGGAGGAAGAAUUGCGAGCGGCGGAGGAGAGGCUCCAGGAGAUGGAGAGAUGGAUGAAAGAGGAGAUGGAGAGAGAGGAGGAGAAACUGAGAGAAAAGGAAAAACAGAUGGAGGAAAUGAUGAAGAGUGAGCAGCAGGAGAAAGAAAGGAGAGAACGAGAGAGGGUGGAGAAACUGGAGCGAGAGAUGGAGGAGAGGAGAAAAGAGAUGGAGCGAGAGAUGAUGAAAAAGAUGGAGGAGGAGGAGAGAUUGGAGCGAGAGAUGGAGGAGAGGAGAAAAGAGAUGGAGCGAGAGAUGAUGAAAAAGAUGGAGGAGGAGGAGAGAUUGGAGCGAGAGAUGGAGGAGAGGAGAAAAGAGAUGGAGCGAGAGAUAAAAAAGAUGGAUGAGGAGGAGGAAUUGAAACGAGAGAUGGAGAAAACAGAAAGGAGAAAAGAGAUGGAGCGAGAGAGGAUGAUGAAAAAGAUGGAGGAGAGGAGAAAAGAGAUGGAACGAGAGAUGAUGAAAAAGAUGGAGGAGGAGGAGAGAUUGGAGCGAGAGAUGGAGGAGAGGAGAAAAGAGAUGGAGCGAGAGAUAAAAAAGAUGGAUGAGGAGGAGGAAUUGAAACGAGAGAUGGAGAAAACAGAAAGGAGAAAAGAGAUGGAGCGAGAGAGGAUGAUGAAAAAGAUGGAGGAGGAGGAGAGAUUGGAGCGAGAGAUGGAGGAGAGGAGAAAAGAGACGGAGCGAGAGAUGAAAAAGAUGGAGGAGGAGGAAUUGAAACGAGAGAUGGAGAAAAGAGAGAGGAGAAAAGAGAUGGAGCGAGAGAGGAUGAUGAAAAAGAUGGAGGAGGAAGAGGAGGAGAAACUGAGGCGAGAGAUGGAGGCGAGGAGAAAAGAGAUGGAGAGAAGGAUGGAGGAAACCAUUAAGAUGGAGGAGAUGAAGGCGACAGUAGAAAGAGAAGAAGAAGAAGAUGCUGAUGAAGAAAUGGAGGUACAGACAGAGGAGAAAGAGGAGUCUGAGCAGAAGGAAAUUGAUGGAGUGAUGGAUGUGGUGGAGGAGGUGAAGAAAGAGAGGAUGGAGAGAGAGAAGGAGGUGGAGAAUCUCCAGGAAGCGAGGGUGGAGCACAUGAUGAAAGAGAAGCAGAGGAAGAAGGAGCGAAUGAGGAAGAUGUUUGCUCCGGAUGGACUCAUCUUCCGCCCGCAGAACGAUGGCGGUCGCUGUGGCGCCCGAAAGAAGCGGGAGAACCUCCUAAAGACCUCGUCAUCCACCGACGAAGAGGAGGAGAAGAAGGAUGAGGAGAAGAAAGAGGUACAGCAGCAGGAGCCUGAGAAACCUCCACCUUCCUACUGGCCCGUUUCCACCAACGGAAAACCGGUGGUCAUCACGGUCCAGCCCCUUCACCCUGUUCCUGAAGAGGACAUCAGCUCCACCUUGGAGGAGCCUGUUCUCCUAGAACAACCAGAAGAACCACCCGAAGAAUCACCUAGGCAACCGUCUCUAAGCGGAUCAGGGCUACCAUCGUCCCAACCCAGCGAUCUGGAACCUGCUCCUUCUGAUGCUGGAGAUGAUCCUUACCUGACGAAGGAGAGGAAAGGUGUGGUGAACUGGCUCAACAAGAAGCUCCAGGAUCGCCACGAGCGACUGAUGGAGAAAAGCAUCAAAAAGGAGAAGAAGUACGGCCACAGACUUCGCCUACACCCAACUCCCACUGAUAACAGGUUCCUCCCCGUCUCCGAGAUCGAGCAGAUGAAGAGGGAGGAGAUGCAGAAGAGCGAGAGGAGGAGGCAGGCCCUGGUGAAUAAGUGGAACAUGUGGGAGGAUAAAAGAAAGGAGAGGAAAGCAGAGAAGAAAGAAAAGAAGGAGGAGAAGAAGAAGCUGAAGGAGGAGGAGAGGAGGAGUCCUGAGAAUAUAGAGAAAAGGAGGAAGGCGAUGGAGGCCACGGGGAAUAUGUGUCCUGAGGUAGACCUGAGGCCGGACUCUGAGAGGGGGGUGGAUUCAGACCAGAAGCAAGACCAGUGACCUCAGCAUCUUCUCAAAGAACACAAGAUCAUCUCUAUUUCUGUAAAUACUCGUAUAUUGUAAAUAAAAUCUGACAAAAAUCAA